ACUCCAGUGAAGACUGUGGGCAUAGGGAGUAUAGCUGAGGAUGAUGGGUUGACCUGGGAGGGUCUCUCACCUGAAAACUUGGAAAUUAUGGAAGACAUAAAGGUCCUUCAUUUUGUGCCAUCUGAGGCUCCAUCAUCUGGAAGGUCAAAGAAUGGAUAUGUUUUCCAGGAGAUGGAGUUGCGAGAUGUGGAGCGGGAGGAAUGUGUUGAGGGCAAAGUGGGGAACCAUGACAAUACACCUAAGGACCACCAUGACACUCCGAUCCAAACAGGGAUUUCAGUUCCAGAUGACCCUGUGGAUGACCCUGGGUUUGGGCUCCUGAACACAUCAAGAAAAUAUGUGAAGCCGAUGAACUUCCAGGAGGAAGUGCGCGGCCACCGGGAUCUAGAUGGCUUCCUGGCCCAGGCCAGUAUCCUAUUGGAUGAUAAGGCAACCACUCUAGACGAGGUGCUAAGGUGCAUGCUGACCCAUGUAACGGAAGACGGCCACGGGGGCUGUGACAUGGACGAGGUCAUGAACACUGUGUUCACAGACAGAGGAGGAGAUGAGGACAAUGUACAAUUGUUGUCCGAGACCAUUCAGGGUGUGACUGCUUCUGCCACUGGAGUCCGCUACCAGCAGUCCUGGCUCUGUGUCCUAUGCAAUGUGAAGAGCCUCCAGAGACGCCACGUCUGCAUCGCCCGUCUGGAGAGACCACAGAACUGGGGAGCAAACUGUUGUGAGGCUCGAUAUGUCAUCCUCAUUCUCUCCCCACCUAGAACGAAAAGCACCAAGACAGCUAUCGAGCUAGGCCGCACAUUCGCCACCAUGUUCUCAGACAUCUCCUUCAGACAGAAACUGCUGGACGCCAAGACCCAGGAGGAGUUCAAACAAGAGCUGGUGCACCAGCGUCAUCAUCUCUCCAUAGUCAAUGAGAAACCAGCUACAGAGAAGCAGAUGAUCCAUGCAGAAACGGACCCACGCAGCAAAAAAACACUAAAAUGUGCAGAUUUCUUUAAAGUUGGCCGAGGUAUCUAUGAGGAUCUUCGUCGGCGACUACCACUCUAUCCCUCAGACUUCACCGACGGUAUGUAUGGCAAAGACCGCUCCUGGUUGAAGUACACCACCACCGCCAUCUUCCUGUACAUUGCAAUUCUACUUCCUAACAUCGCCUUUGGUUCGCUGAACGAUGAAAGCACGCGGGGAGAGAUAGAUGUCCGGAAAGUCAUCGUUGGCCAGAGCAUCGGAGGAGUGAUCUACUCUCUGUUUGCUGGUGCUCCUUUGGUUAUCCCACUGACUACUGCACCCCUGGCCAUCUUUAUCAGCGUGAUCCGGGGAAUCUGUGAUGACUACGAUUUGGACUUCCCUGCCUUCUAUGCCUGCAUUGGCUUGUGGAACAGCUUCUUUCUCAUCCUGGGAGCACUUUUGAAUGUCAGUCUGUUCAUGAAGCUCUUCAAACGCUCAUCAGAGGAAAUCAUAGCCCUGUUCAUUUCAAUAGCCUUUGUUGGGGACUCGGUGAAAGGCACUGUCAAAAUCUUUAAUUACUUCUACCACGGGCCCACGCUGGCAACCAAUAACAGCACUCGGGUGCUUCUGGAGAUCAAGGAGUUAAUGGAGAAGGCUGCAAAUGCAACAGAGAGGCUGGGGAGUAGGACCAGCGAUGGGGCCCUUGUGGUGAAGCAUGUCACGCAUGUGUUUCUGCCCGAGUCUCUGGUCCUGUGUACCAGGGAGAGGCCUAUCCUCUGUCUCCUGCUCAUGCUGGGGACUCUGUGGUUGGGGUAUGCCCUCUACCAGCUGAGAAGGAGUCCUUAUCUGCAUGCCAAAGUGAGAGAGGUGGUGUCCGACUGUGCCUUACCCAUGGCUGUCGUUAUAUUCUCCUUCAUUGGUUCCUUCCUUUUCCUUGAUGUAGAGCUUCCUGUGUUCAACUUCCACAACGGGAAGAUCUUCAGGCUGGCCCAGUUUGACAAGCUGACGGGCAUGAACUGUCUGAGCGCUGUAGGCUUAGGCUUCCUCCUGGCGCUGCUCAUCUUCAUCGACCAGAAUAUUGUCAUAUCACUCACCCACGUCCCCGAAGCAAAGUUGUUGAAGGGAACUGCAUUCCACUGGGACCUGAUGCUGACCGGCUUUAUCAACAUCCUCAUGUCGUGUCUGGGUUUGCCGUGGAUGCACGCCGCAUUCCCACACUCCUCCCUGCACGCUCGUCAGCUGGCCAAGGUGGAGCUGCACGUGGAGGGUGGACACCUCUAUGAAACCAUUGUCAAUGUGAAGGAGACGCGGAUCACGGCUCUGACGGCUAACAUCCUGAUCGGCCUGUCAGUGUUCUUGUUACCCAUCCCUCUGCAGUGGAUCCCCAAGCCUGUCCUCUACGGCCUUUUCCUCUACAUAGCAGCCACCUCCCUCGACGGCAACCAGAUGUUUGACCGCAUGCUCCUCCUCCUCAAAGAACAGACUUCCUACCCUCCCACCCACUACAUUCGGAGGGUGCCCCAGAAGAAGGUGCACUUCUUCACAGCCCUGCAGAUACUGCAGUUGAUCAUCCUGUGUGCGUUUGGCAUGUACCCUCUGCCCUAUAUUAAGAUGAUCUUCCCCUUCUUGAUGAUCCUGCUCAUUCCCAUCAGGACUAACCUGCUGCCAAGGGUAAUUGAGGCGAAGUAUCUGGACAUCAUGGAUUCUCAGCACAUGUAGACAGACAGAGGGAGAACUCUGAAAGGACUGAUACCAAGGCCUUGAUUCAAGUUGUAUCGUUGAAGACCUGCGCUAAAGCUCAAUAGAAAUUUAAAGAUAAUGUUCCCGCAUUUGCGAAGACUGCAUUCAAAGAAGGUGCUGUCGGCUCGAUCAGAAAUUACCGUUCAUUUAAAAUCGCACUACAGUGCAAAUCUUCAGCUCUAUGAAUUGAUUUGAGCCCCCUGAAAUACAAAAUCUAUUUUGUAAACUGGGUCAAAGAUGUAUAAGGUAUUCAAAGUAGCAAAAAAAUAAAACAGCAAUUACAAUUCCCUUCAAAUCCUUUUUAUGUUCAUUGGAGUGUCAUAUAUGCCCUUAUAUUAGUUAUAUUCAAGAAUAAAGCCAAUAAAAAAAACGUGAUUCAUAUGAAUGUAACCUAGUAAAAUGUCAUUCAGUAUAACACUGUGUUAAAAAAAAAUGUAUGCCCAUUUUUCAUAAUCCCAAGGUUAUAUUCAUGCUUAGACUGGCAGAAAUAUAACUAGAAAAAACGCAGAAAAAAUGACCAUUAUUUUAUUUUGAAUACCACAUAUUUUAUGUGUCACAGGUACAACUCAAAAUCUAUUGAAGGUCUUUUACAAAAACUUCCUGCCUUACACUGAAAAAAAAUGGUAAAAUCACCGAAAAUAUCUUUCACUUCAUCCUUUGAGAUUUGUUUUUAUCUAUCUGAGGCAACAAAACAAAGUUAUUGCAUUUUAAUAUAAAAUACUGGUGUUAUACUGUACGACAAUAUUUUGUUACCCUGAAUGACACAUCACUACGGCCCAAAAAUAUUGAUUAAAUGUGAUUCCUUGAGCAACAACAAUAAUGCUAUGAAUGAUUAUUAGUAGCCACAAUAGUAUUUUUCAAGGACUCAGAUGGUUGAUCCAGUUCUGGAGGUGCAGGUUCAUGUUGUACUUGUACAAGUUGUUCAGGGGGCUGCUCAAGAGUUUGCUUCAGUGGAUACUGGAGUUAAGUUCAUCACCACAUUCAUUUGUUCGAUUCUUUCACGGUGCUUUCUCUAAUUUAAUCUCACAUUUUCCCUCUUUUUCAGCAUGAGAUUGCGUCAUUGUAUGGAUCGGUGGAUGAUCAGGAUAUACAUCUUUCUUUCUUCUCCGAUAGCUAAAAAACUAUAAUGUAAUAGUUAUGACACUGGCACAGAAUAGGAUUCACAUCCAUGAAAUGUUAUUAGUAGUCUAUUAAAAGUAGGCUAUACAAUGAUAACACUUAAUCAAAGUUUAAAAGUUAAAUCAACUCCCUCUCCUUUUCUCUUUCAAACAUGUUUUGUUACUAUUUCAUUGCUAAUGUUAAUAAUAAUCACUUUACUAUAAUUUGAGCCUAUGGCAACACUUUACGUGGAAUUAAAUUGCAUUAUUACACGAUUAUUACAUAAUAGUUAAUGUUAUAAUUAUACAUUGUUACACUGUAACUGGUAAAUUUAUAUUUAAUGCAGGUACACACAUGUAAUUCCAAGAUGGCUACAUAAAAUGGCCAUCAAACUACUUCAAUUCAAAUUUGUACAGUCUCGAUUUUUCAUAUAGUGCCCCAAAUGUGAAGCAGCAAUAAACCAAAAUCCAUUUUUAAUCCAUAAUCGUGUGUGUGUUUGUAAUAUUAUAUUAACUAAUAUACUCCAUCAGUUAUACCUUAACUGCAGUGCAAUAAAACAUUAGCUACAGUGUAAUAGUGCAACUUAAUGUUAAGCGUUAUCCAUCCAGCUUUAUAUGCUAUUGUAUCCUAUUCUGUUGCUGACAGUAGCAUGAAACAAUGAAAACAAUACUUUGCUUUUCUUCUGGCUAUUCUUUCCUCCCUAGCAACUGGAUCUGCAUUAAUCUGUUGUCUGUGCCGUGCAGCCCUCUUCUUAUUAGACAACGGCAUCUACAGUAUAAACAUAAUGUGCCUUGAAAUACCUUAAAAUGUCAUACAUUAGUUUACAAUGUUAAUAUUCAAUAUUCAAACAUCAAGUAAAUAUCAAUUGCAUGAUUAAAUGUUGUAAACUAGUGAAAACAUGGUAUAACAAAGCUACUGUCAUUCAGCAUAACGGUGACAAUGUGGUAUAACAUGAAACUUUUGUUGUGCUGAAGAACAAAAGCAUGAUACUUAAGGAUGGAUUUCAUAAAUAAACAUAUUUAACAGGCAGUUCCUUGGCCAUCUAAAUAAAUUAAUGACGUUGACCUAUAAAGAUUAUUCUUACUUUAUAUAUUUAAUAGAGCUUUUUAUAAAAUAAUAACAUUAAAAUAUUAUUUUCUGUAUUGUACUGAAGGACAUGCAUUUUCGUUACAAUGGUUACUAGAGGGUGAAAAGGUGAAAUCAUCAAAUAUUUCAGAGAGAUUUACUCACCUCAUCACAUUGAUAGGGUCUUCAAUGGGUCUUCUUUAUUACCAUCAUGUGAUAUGCUUAAAAAUGGCUUUUUACCUUUGUUAUACUGAAUGACUUUGAUGAAACUCAAAAUAUAUUAUAUUUUUUAGAUACAGUAUGUCGCCCAUUAUUCUAUAUAUUGUUGCAAACACUAACACAAUUAUGCCAUGGGUGUUCAUUUAUAUUUUUAGGAUGAUUUUUUUACAUUUUAAAAACACUUUUGUCAUUCAAAUUUUACCCGGAUAGUUACACUGAAGGACAUUUUGACAGUUUAGAGCUCAAUACCUCUCUUAAUUUAAUAGUUUGCAACACAAAUAUUUCUGGGUGAAAAGAAGGGUAAGAGUUGAGUGAUUAUUAUAUUCAUACAUAUUUAUCUUUUUCUGUUAAAUGAAUGGCCUUCGGACACCAAAUUUACACGUCUUUGACCCAGUACAUGUUAAGGCCCUUUGACUCCAAGAGUACUAGACUGUGACUGGGUUGCAACCGGUAGUUGACUGAAAUUGAAAUCUGGAUGGACCACAAUUUUCACCUUUUUUAUUUGUUACGUAUAAGCCGUGCUUCUACAUCUGCAUUGCUUGCUGUUUGGGGUUUUAGGCUGGGUUUCUGUAUAGCACUUUGUGACAUCGGCUGAUGUAAAAAGCGCUUUAUAAAUAAAUGUGAUUGAUUUACGUACAGUAGUUGCUUAAUCUAUGUAGUUGCUUUAUCUAUAUAGUUGCUAAAAUAUUUAACAUACUCUUUAACCUCUCUUCUCAUUGUUAUAUGAGAAAUUCUGUACAACACAAGGCAUUAUCUAAUUCUGCCCCUGACCCACAUCCUACCUUUAUAUAACAUGUUUAAGCUCAUUGUAUUGUUGUAUAUGAAUAAGGUAAACAUUUAGAAAGAUCAACAUUGUUUUGGUUUUAGGCCGGGAUCUGCAGAUAGUCAUGGUUGUUUAUAGUUCAAUAUUUUUGGUUACUUAUACAAAAUCAAUUCACAAUGAAUUGGCCAGAUUGCAAUGCAAUUGUGCCAUAACUUCAACAAUUACAAAGUAACAUACAGGAUAUUAAUAUAAAACAAACAAAUAUGUUGCACAGUAUACUGCUUUCCUGCUGUUUAAGCUGUUACCAAACGAAUAAAGCCUUUUAAAUUA